AUGAUACGAAUAAAACAUUCACUUUUACCCUUUCCUCAUGCUCUGCGACGGAAACUCACAGAGCCCGCGAUAUUCGUAUUACAGCCAAGAUGGUUCAGCUGUUUUAAGCAGAUUGACGAGCAGAGGAAUAAAGAUGACAUAGCAAAUUGGGUUCGCAACAGUUUACAUGAACCAAUGUCAUCCCCCUCCCCUACGGUAAACUUUAUGCAUCCAGAGAUACAAGUUAUUGAAGUACCGGCACAAGGACUUGAUUCUAAUACGAUAUCGUUUGUUCCGAUGGAGGAGUAUUUCACGAGGUGGAAUUCUCUCUUUAAGGUAGCAGAUGAAAAUACAAUACGGCUGGUGAUUAGCAUGAUUCAAUCGAACAAGAAAGCUUUCUCACUGCAACAGCUAAUGCCUCUCGUCCAACAUUUGAAGGCAAAGCGGAGGUGUUAUGAAAUUGAUACUAUUUUUACGGCAUAUCAAGAUUAUUUUUCAGUUUUGAAAAGACAUAACCUAGAUCCGAAGGUGGAGCACCUUUUUUUAGAGAUAAUGAUUAGUACAGAGGCAACUCUAGGGAAUUAUAGCUUAUGUGAAACUCUCUUUUCAGACUACAUCAAACACUCUAAAGUAAAACCACGAAUCAUUUCCAUUGGACUUCGCUCAUUUAUUGAAAAUGGGAAUGUUCAGCUAGCAAAAGAGUUCUUUUCUCAGGCUGUGAAAAAUCCAGAUACCUUUCCGAUGACAAAUAAAGAACUUUUCCUUUUUCUUCGAGACCUCAGCUGCUAUAAUGACUUCGCAUCAAUGCGCUUUUCCAUUAAUUUAUGGCUGAUCGAAAAGUGUCAAGAGAACAAUUUAUGUGUAAAUACGAUACCUGAUUUCCGUACACUUUCGUUACUUCAUCGAACGUUCAAAUUAUUUAAGGAUGAAACAAGUUUAAAUAAUUUAUUAUCGAAUUCGGUUAUUGAGACGACCGGCUAUAAAGAGAGUAUAUUGUUCCAAACAACUGAGUUCUGCCAGGAUCUACGCGAUCGCUCAAUUAUGUACCAAAACAUUGAUAUUAACGAAAAGAUAGCCCUUUUUUUGGAAGCUCUUAAAGGAGAGCCACUGGAUAGACGGGAUUUUUACCUAAACCUGCUGAAGACAUUUGUUUCGAUUGACGACAUCAAGCGCCUCAAAUACAUAAUGACAGUAGUCCAGGAAGACAGGGACGUUCCCUUAAGUAAUGCAUUUCAUGUGGUAAUUGCAAAGUGUUUUGUGAACCGUGGUCUUCUGGAACAUUUGAUGGAAUAUUACACUUGUGUGAGGAAGCAGGGUUCAAAAAGGCUCCGUUUGCGAGUUGGCCACAUUCGGCAACUGCUGGACUGCGCCCUGAGAAGCUAUCCAAUUCUUGCUGAAGAGAUGACCAAUGAGCUCAAGAUAUUAUUGAAUAAAGGAAAAUACCUUCGUCGAUUGCCUCGCUUAAAACUACUACUCUUGGAGAUUGAUAGACUGAGAACCCAAUCUAUGGGUAAAUAUUAUGCAUAUAGGACCAGGGUACCCAAGCUCGAGUAUGAAAGGUUAGGGGUGCUUCGGUCACAAAUCCUAAGUGGUGACGUUGCAGGUGCAAAAUCAACUAUUUUAGAAAACAUACGACAAGGAAUUACUCCACGCUUUGAUUUUUAUUUCCUGGCUUUGCGAAUGUGCCUGGACUCAGACAUGCCUUCCUUAGCAAAGCUCCUUGAUGAUUCCUGUUCAGCUUCUUUCCACAAAAUACCAUUAAAAGUUCAUAUCACUUGGCUCAGAUAUGAAAUCAUAUCAAGGUACAAAAAUGUACUCAACGGCACUGAGAUGCUCUCAUCAAAUAAGAUUCAGUCCUUAAAGGAUCAGCUUGCGGAAUUCAAAAGGAACCACGAGAGUUCCAUGAAUUUUCAGAACUAUCUACAGCUUGCUCAGCUGUGUGUUUACAUUCGAGAUUAUAGGCAUGCAUCAGCUUUACUCCUGGAGGCAUAUGGCCUAAUUGAUAAACAGAGCAGUCAACAAUGGAUAAUGUAUUAUAUGACUUCCCUGAAAGUUCACGCACGCUCGUAUAAAAUUGCCGAAUUCCAAGAGCUUUUGAAGGAGUGGAAUACAAAUCCAAACGCAAAAUGGGUCACUCACAGUUGUAUUCGUGAAAUAAAAUCUCUUUCAAGACUUUUGCAUCGAAGAAAAGACAAAUUAGAUGUGAGCCUGAGAAGUGAUCCUGACAGUUUUAAGAAAAUCACAAGUGAAAUCAAUUUUUUGGUGGAAAAAUACGUAAAUUAUAAAUUCGAAGGACUUAAUGUCAUGCGAAAACUGACGUUUUUCAUCAAAAGGUGGAUUGAACAAGAGAGCGAAGAUUCGUCAAGUUCCGCUAGAAAAAAACGAUAA